UUUAUUUGCAUAUAAAAGCGAUUGGACGCGUCGAACGCACUCGCGCAAACACACAUCCUCCAGAUGUCAAUCGUGACCGACAAAAAGCAAAAGUACGAGUAGUACACAGUAAAAUAAUCAUUUAGUCUUCAGUGUUACAGUGGCUGUCAAAAGCGUCACACGGAUAUGGUUUUCGUUGUAUGUCGAAUGCGAGUGGGAGGUUUGGAAGACGUUUAAAAUUCGUUUUUACGUCGUCGUCGCGCGAUUGAAACGUGACUGUUGUAUGGCCGAACGUAUUUUAUGUCUCUGCUAAGCGUGUGUGCGUGCGUCAGCAGAUAAGUGUAUUAAUAAUAAUCGAAACGGAAUGAAAAAUGCGCUCAACCAAAAGUGAUAAUGCGCUAGAGCACCAACUAUGGCAGCAACAACAACAACAAAAUUCGUCUUCAUAUGGCGCGAGUCAAAGUUUCAAUAGUCAAAGCCCUUGUUUCAAGUAUCUUUCAGAGAGGCAAUUGAGUUGCCUUGAUGCUAAAAGAGCGACAAGUAACGUAACAACAACAGCUACAGUAACAAUUCGCGAAACAUCACAGCAAGUGCAUCAUUUACUACAAAGAUAUUCCAUAGCUUUCCCCUUAAUACACCAACGCUCUGCGCUCAGUCUCAGCGAUUGCCUCUGGUUGCGCUCUAGUCAACUGCUUCUGCGCCGCAAAUUCAACUCGGCGGGUUAUCAACAAAGUUCAACGGCAACUAGUGAAACGAAAACCACAACAACAAAACUCACUGUUAUCAACACUGACACCACUUCUCGCAGUCAUACCCGUCAUCCACACACCAACAUAAAUACCAAACGCUGUCUGACGCGUUCACCCUCCUUAGUCCUACUUACCCUACUGUUGUUGUGGUUUUCGCAUUUAAUUGGCAGCUCGUGCGCCGCCCCACAAUCCUGUGUACUCUGUGAUAUUAAUGAUUUCAAUGAUCGGGCGUCGAAUACACACACCUAUGAGGAAUAUCAUUUUGAACAUCAAGUGACGCGACAGGAAGCGAUCACCGCAUUGAAGACGUUCAAUGUCAGCAAUUAUGGUGAACCCUCCGGUUGUGCCGUUAGCUGUUCGGAGAAAGUGAUGAAAUAUUGCCUGGGGCCGCAAUUCAUCAACGAUCACUGUUGGUGUGAACUGGGGCAUACAGAAGAGGGUCUUCCAUUUGUUCCGCACAUUUGCUAUGUGGGUGAGAAGCAUUAUAAGGCUACUGUGGGCUCUUGCUAUUUCUACGAGCAGGUGAAGGAGUGCUGUUGUGCGCCAGUGUUGGUUAAGCAAUGGCGCCACAUAUCUGCAGCUUCUCGACAAAUGAACGUUGGUUCCUUACUGUUGCUGACCAUUUUAUCACUAAUUUUCAAUGCCACACGCAGCCGUACAUGCAAAUAAGCUUUAAGAUUAAAAUAGAAAAUUUAAGUUUAAUUUGAUGCUUUUGAAACAUAGCAAAAACUUAUAAUAAAAACUUAAAUACGAGUACUAUUUACACGAAAUAAUUCGAAGCAUAAGCAUGCAUACAUACGUACAUAUUAGUAGGCGUAACGGAAAACAAAUGUGUUAAAAUAAUUUUAAGUAAACUUUGUAGAAUUAAAAGUUAUUCUGAAAGCUUUUUAAAAAUAAGCAAAAAAGUAAAACUAUGCCAUAGCAUGCAUAUAUAUAUCAAUAUCUCGUAUAUAUC